AUGGAGUCACUCCAAACUGCUCUCUCUCCUCUGACAAUUGCAUUUCUAGUCCUCAUUCCGACCUUCCUCUUCCUCGUCCUCCACCGCUCCAGAAGCAAACAACGCAAAGAACCACCCACCAUCCCCGGCGCGUGGCCGAUCCUCGGACACCUCCCCCUCCUGGCGCGCUCCCCAGCCACCCACCACCUCCUGGGCUCCGUGGCUGACAGCCACGGCCCCCUCUUCACCAUCAAGCUUGGGACAGUCAAAACCUUAGUCAUCAGCAACUGGGAAACCGCCAAAGAGUGCUUCACCACAAACGAUGUCGCUGUGUCCUACCGCCCCAACCUCGUGGCCUGCGAAAACAUGACCUACAACUUCGCCAUGGUAGGGCUCGCUCCCUACGGCCAAUUUUGGCGCGACAUGCGCAAGAAAGUUGCCUCCGUGUUCCUCGCGGACUAUCGCCUCGACGCGUUCUCGGACGUGCGCGUUUCCGAGGUGAGAACCUCUGCCAAAGAGCUGUACCACAAGUGGACCCGUGGGAAAACGGAGAACGGGUUUUUCGAGGUGGAAAUGAAACAGUGGUUGAAGGAGGUUGCAUUCAACGUGGUGCUGAGGAUGAUCGCUGGGAAGAGGUACUUUGGAGAAACCGCGGUGGUUGAGGAGGAAGAAGCGCGGAGGUGUUUGGUGGCGUUAAAUGACUACAUGCGGCUGUUCGGGGUGUUCGCGGUGGCGGACGCGGUGCCGUGGCUCAGGUGGUUCGAUUUCGGAGGGCAUGAGAAGGCCAUGAAAGAAAAUUUCAAGGAGUUGGAUGUUGUGGUGGAAGGAUGGUUGGAAGAACACAAGAGGAAAAGGGGUUUGAAUGGUGAGAAAGGUGGGGAUUUCAUGGAUGUGAUGCUGUCGAUGAUCGAUGGAACCAACAUUCAUGGGUUUGAUUCUGAUACCAUCAUCAAAGCCACGUCAAUGGCAUUGAUUUUGGGAGGAACAGACACAAGCUCUGCUACUAACAUAUGGACACUGUCUUUGCUGCUGAACAAUCCUCUGGCAUUGGCAAAAGUAAAGGAAGAAAUUGACACUCACAUUGGGAAAGAGAGACUUGUAACUGAGUCUGACAUAACCAAGUUGGUGUACCUUCAUGCAGUUGUUAAGGAGUCACUGAGGCUAUAUCCACCCACUCCUCUUUCUGCCCCUCGUGAAUUCAGAGAAGAUUGCAUGUUUGGAGAGUACCAUGUGAAGAAAGGAACUCGUCUAAUCACAAACUUGUGGAAGAUCCAAACAGACCCUAGUAUUUGGCCAGAGCCCUUGGAGUUCAAGCCAGAAAGGUUCCUCACUACACACAAAGAUGUGGAUGUUAAGGGAAAACACUUUGAGCUCAUACCUUUUGGAAGUGGUAGGAGGAUAUGCCCUGGAAUAUCCUUUGCCCUUAGAACUUCUCAUUUGACUUUGGCAAACUUUCUUCACUGCUUUGAUGUCUCAAAAACUUCAAGUGAACCUCUAGACAUGACUUCAGUGGUAGAAUUGACCAAUGUUAAAGUUGCUCCCAUUGAAGUUCUCAUCAAACCUCGUUUGGCUCAUAGUCUUUAUGAAAGCAUGUGA